CUACAAUAGAAUGGACAAUUUGUGGUUCCAUUUCCUAUUUGUCUUUCUACAGAUACCAUUAAUAUAUUGCAUAAGCGGAUCAGACGAAAUCUCUUCUUUUGCAACAGAUCAUUCAAUCUGUCAUCAUGCAAGGUGCAACAUCUACCGGUCUCAGACUCUUAGGACGAAGCUGCUUGUUUCAGGCUGCCUCCAAGCCCAAGAAUAGACUCUGGAGGAUGCUCCCUCAGAGCACUGCCUCCACCAGCUGCACUGAGUGUGUAACAUGCAGGCAUUUGCUCCACACCUGUACCAGAGGGAUGGCCAGCAAACAAACCACCACAUUCCCACGGCCAACUUCUGUCUCCCAGUCUCCAUACCCUCAGCACGUUCUGCUGAGAGAAGCAAGCAGCAAGGCAGACAAGGCCCCUAAACGUGGAAGGAAGGGGCCCAUAACUUGGAAAUCCUUAGCAGUGGUUGCUGGUAUUGGCGGUGCAGCUUUGUACGCCUUCAAGUCUGCUAAGGAGAAGAAAGAUUUGCAAAUCCAGGCCGAGAGGAACAAAGCUGUUGGCAAGGCCGCUAUAGGAGGACCGUUUGAUUUGAUAGACACCUCUGGAAAGCGGAAGACAAACAAGGAUUACCUCGGGCAAUGGGUUCUCCUGUAUUUUGGCUUCACCCAUUGUCCAGACAUCUGUCCAGAUGAGCUGGAGAAGAUGAUUCUAGCGGUCAACAAAGUCAAUAGUAGCCCAAACUGUGACAAGGUCGUUCCAGUAUUCAUCUCCAUUGACCCGGAAAGAGAUGAUGUGGAAACCAUGGCAGCGUAUGUCAAAGAAUUCGACCCCAACCUAGUUGGACUGACAGGAUCUAAGGAGAAUAUUGAUGAAGUAUCAAGAAACUUCAGAGUAUACUACAGCAUGGGACCAAAGGAUGAAGACAAUGACUACAUUGUUGAUCACACAAUCAUCAUGUACCUGUUAGGACCGGAUGGAAGCUUCAUUGACUACUACGGACAGAACAAGACAGAUGAGCAGGUGGCCGGUGGAAUCGCAGCGCAGAUGAGAAAAUUCAAACGAAUACAAGCUGGAAAAUAACGCUAGAGAAAGACUUCAAAAUCUUAACAUUCUUAAAUGUCUAUUUCUUUUUUACGCUACUUUUAUUUAUAAAUUAUUUAGUUUUGUAGUAAGUUUGAGAAUAACUUAAAGGUACUAUGUCCUAUUUGCAGGCCAAAACAAUGAAAAGGUUAAAUUCCAACAGCAUUUGAAAGACAAUACUAAUUUAGAACUUCCCUACAAAAAAGGGGGCUUGAAAAUGUCUUUAAGUGGCAAAAUAACGACUAUUAGUUGCCAAAUCAACUUAAAAGCUAUAGAGCCAGCAAUGUUUGAAUAUUUUGAAAGUCCAUCAAAUCUGAGAAGCAUAGCAAAGGUAGUACCAAUUUUUAUCUAAAGAUUGAGGAGCCUUCAGUUUGUCAUUUUAUUUGAUAAUGUCAAAACCUAAUGCCUGCUCCUUUCUUUUCUAGCUAAGGGUAAUAACCAAAUCAUGCUGAUGAUUGCACAUCAAUGGAAAGAUUAAUUUGUUUACAACUUUUUAGCCACUCAAUGAAUUUGAUUGUAAGGCUCUUGCUUGCUUUUAAGCUGUACUUCGUUCAUAUAAUGUGUGUUUGCUUUUCUCUGAAGGAAACAUGUCCUGUACCCCAGAUUGUUAUUGUGACACUGGUAUACGCAGUACAUUUAUUUGAGAAAGAGAUAGUUUAGGCAAUUUUUGAGUUCAUAGCAAAUGAAGAGUAUUUAAUGACAAAAGCACUCUAUCAUGACUUGUAAUAAACAAAUCAACUCCUUGAUUCUAGAAUUUUUAAAAUCAUUUUUCUCAGUGUUCAAAUUUAGUUAGAAUUUCUCAAAGUCUGUUUCUAGGAUUAUGUUUUGAUGCAACAAUUAUGUGAUUCACAUUGAAAUCAAGAUUAAUGCCCUUCCCAAUCCAAUGUGCAAACUUGUUUUAUCAUGACCAAUGUACCUCUAUGUAAUAAACAUCUAUCUUUGACAGAGAAAUGACAAGAUCAUCUGUAUUCACAUAGCAAUCAGCUUUGUUGUUCAUGUUUUUUUUCUUCAAUUUUUAGUUGAACAGAAUUGUUGUCCUCAUUCGUAACCUAGCUUAUUCAAUGUUUAUCUCUUUGUUAUGCAAUCUUUUCUUUUAUGAUUUAAAACAAAAAUCAUGUAAACAUUUCUUUAUUUGAUAAACAAAAAUCUUUUUGAAAUGAUUAAAAUGAAUAUUGAACUUUAAUCUAUGCACUGAAAUGUCUACUGUUUUUUUUAAUUUUUAAAUUCUUUUACAAUUUUGUGUUACUAUUUAAUUGUACAAGUAAUGAUUUUCUGUAUGAUAGUCUUAGGAAUCAUGUUUAGAUUAUAUUUGUAAACAAAUUCUGGACUUAGCCUGAGUUUUGCUCUGUAUGAUAUCAAUUUGUUAGUUAGGGUUGUUGAAUGAAAAAGUUUCCUCCAAGUGGUUAAAGAAGAAUUGUAAACAAAAUCUGUAUUGUGUUUCAUAAUACUACUUGCCACCAAGAAUGUGUAGGCCUACAUCUUUAUAAAAUGUUUGAUCAUUGAUAGUGAAAAAUUGGCCAAAGCUCUACCAGGUUUUCAAAAAAGUAUUGAAUAAACAUCCGAAUCAUUGCAUGGAAA